AUGCGCAAAGCAGCGCUCGAAAGGGAUGGCUAUUCUAGCCUUUCCUCUGCUGUGCAACGAGUCGCCAUAGAAACCGGGCCAACACUCGUCGUGGCCGUGAUGCUAGGUCUUGUUUUUGGGGGAUGCUGCUCCAAUGUCUAUGCUCUGGAAGCCAUCAUCAACUUUGAACCUGCUGGGGGGACGCUCCUUACCUUUGUGCAGUUUCUCUUUGUGGCCAUUACCGGCUAUAUCGCACAGUUUGAUAGGACCCGACCGCCAUUUUUUAUAUCGCCAGCCAAAGUUCCACUAUCACGAUGGGUCGUCAACAUUGUGCUCUUUUUUGGCGUCAAUGUCCUCAACAACCAUGCAUUUAGCUACGAUAUAUCAGUUCCGGUACACAUAAUCCUACGAUCUGGUGGAAGCAUCACAACUAUGAUCGCAGGGUACCUCUACGGCAAGCGGUAUACCCGCAUCCAGGCGCUUGCUGUUUUUCUACUGACUUUCGGCAUUGCGUUGGCUGCCUGGUCGGACGCAAAGGAAACAUCGGCUUCCACACUCGACGACGAUGAUAGUUCCCGCCCAGCCUUCAAUACGGGGCUACUUAUACUUUUUGUAGCUCAACUGCUAUCGGCCAUCAUGGGUCUCUACACAGAGGCCACAUAUCGGCAGUACGGACCGCAGUGGAGAGAAAACCUUUUUUACUCUCACAUGCUGUCGUUGCCGUUGUUCCUUCCAUUUCUUCCUUCCAUGAUGCGUGUCCUGAAACGGAUGACGGGGAGCGAACUUCUGGCGUUGCCGCUUUCGCCUAUGAAGGCAUCAAACGUCGCUUAUGUGCCUAAUCAGCUGGUGUAUCUGGCCACCAAUGUAUUGACUCAGUACGCCUGCAUUCGCGGGGUAAACCUUCUCGCUGCCACCACUUCAGCACUAACGGUUACGAUUGUUCUCAACAUCCGAAAACUCGUCAGCCUCCUUCUCAGCAUCUGGUUGUUCGGUAACAGACUAGCCAGUGGGACGCUAGCCGGUGCACUGGUGGUCUUUGGCUCUGGGGCACUAUACUCAAUGGGUUCGUGGGGGAAGCCGAGAGUAACAAAGCCAACGUCCUAUCAGGGGGAUAAGCGAGAGGAUCGAAUGGAAGUAAAGAAAAGGAAAUAG